AACUCCACUACGCUUCUCUCUCUAUAAUUAUUCUUCUUAAGAGCUUUUUGCUCUAAAACUAGAAUAUUAUUGACUUGGGUGUUGGAGUGUUUUCUCGAGAAAACAUCCUCAGGUAUUUUAGGUGUUGAAGCAGCGAAGGAUCUACACAGUAGGAUUUCGAUUAGCUACCCAAACAUUUGGCGUCAUCUAUGGGAAACGACAAAGAAAUUGUGUUGCUUUACGGAUUAAAGUUAAACAUGAGUGGGCAACCCACGGGAGAUUUUGUCUGUAAUUCUCCUACUUUAAGCAAGGUGGUGGUACCAACAAAACCUAGAGGAAGUGGGAAGCUGAACCCCAAACCUAGCUUGUCAAAGCUCAAUGAGGAGUUAUUAAAGAAGAAUAUUGAGCUCGAAAAGCAACUUGAGGGUUUACAGAAGUCCAUUGAUGAGCUGAAAAGCCCCAGGUUGCGUCAACAAGCUCCCGACCUAGAUAGCGCUACUCUUAACCUACCCAUCACUGUAGAACCUUAUCAAGAAAGGUUCAAGAUUCCCCAUUUAGAAAUGUAUGAUGGCUCCAGUGACCCAGAUGAACAUAUGCAUACUUACCAGGCCAUCAUGAAGAUACAAACGCAACGAAUGCCAUGAUGUGCAAAGUAUUUCCAGUAACUUUAAAGUCAACUGCUAGAAGGUGGUAUCACAAACUCCCCAAGCAUUCCAUCACCUCUUAUCCUCAACUAUUUACUUUGUUCUCCAACAAGUUUGUGAGUCAACGAGAAAUAAAGUGCACAGCCACUA